UUAGUUCUUUAUUGGACCGAGGUAUGCCAUAAACUAGGAUUAGGACUGUUCAAAUUCUUUUUACCCCUUUAUCAUUUUGAAUACCAAUGCUCCAAAUCCUGGGCCCGCCCCUGCUCCCUCCUCCUACGGGACGCGCCGCCCUCCACCUCCUUCUGUUGGCGGACCACGCCGGGUUCUCCUCCCUGCCUCCCUCCCUCCGCCGACUGGGACCGCGUCCCUAGGCCGCCGCCGGGGUUGGGGCCGCCGCGCCACCGGAUCCGCCGCCGGGGUUAGGGCCGGUCGGCCUGGCCGUCGGGGUGGAGCCGGCCGGCCACCCGCGCCGCUGGGACCGCCGGCUUGCUCCACCAGGGUCGUGCCGGUCAAGGGAGCCGUGGCGGCCCGCGCCGCCGGUACCGCGCCGGUAGGCCUCCGCCGGGGUCGGGCCCACCCACGCCGCUGGGGUCGGGGCCGGUCGGCCUUGCCGCCGUGGUGGAGCCAGCCGGCCACCCGCGCCGCUUGGUGCCACCGUCUUGCUCCGUCGAGGUCGCGCCGGUCAAGGGAGCCACGCCGGCCGCCUCCGCCGCCGGGGCCAGGGUCGGGGCCGACCUGGCCGCGCCGUGCCUACCUCCUCCGACGUCAGGGCCGAGGCCGAGGUGGCCGCGCCGCGCCUGCCUUCUCCGCCACCGGGUGCUGCUUAUACGGGCGCGGCGGAGCGCGCCGUUCUUUUUAAUUUGUUACAUUGUGGAUCAUGUCAAGUAAAAAAUGAUUUGCAAUUUUUUAUGAGUUGAAGUAAAAAAAACAUAGAGAGAGAAGCAUAUCCUCCUUACCAGUUUUGCGGAAAAGACCAUAUACGAGUUAUUAGUUCAUAAGUCAAUUAUUAAUCAGCAUGACAGCAUAGUCAGUUAACAAAGUGGCAGAACUCAUUGACCCAGGCAGGCAGGCACCCAGCUGUUCCACCCAUCGUCAUCAGUCAUCACCAAUUCACCACACUCUCUUCCAGCAGAGCAGAGUGCAGUCUAAUCCUUUUCCACUCUCUCUCCUCUCUCAACCGUCUGCCAUCCACCUCAAGGCUCAAACUCCCAGCCCCUUUCCCUUGACCGACCGACACCUACACGGCUCCCUCCCUGGCUCGACCCCGAGGCACAGGGACGAGAGGGUCAAGGUGUGCGUUGCCAAUUGCGGUGCUGAUGGCUGAUUAGCGGGCAGACUGGUAGCAUUGCAGGGGGGUGGAGGAGAGAAAAAAAGGUUGCGGAGGACAGCUGGGCAGUCACCGGGCAGACAAAAAGGGCAAGGCGGGGGCCGGAGGAGUAAAGGCAGUGAUGGGGGAGUGAGGGGGGAAUCCAAUCCAGUCCAGUCCAUUCCGUGCCAGAUUGGGAGCAGCCGAGGAAGAGUGCGCGCGACGCAAAGCCGGAGGCGAGGCCACCACAGCAGAGCAGAGCGGAGGGCCUCCCCGCCGAUCGGAUCGGCACCGGUCGGAGGCGCCGCCCGCCUACCCGCCGGAGACUUUCCCCUUGCCGGCCGCGCUAGAUAAACAAUCAGUAUGGAUCGACGGAGCUGGCCUUGGAAGAAGAAAUCUUCUGAAAAAUCAUCGAACACCGAUGCAUUACAGAGUUCCAAUCAAGCAGAACAGGAUGAGAAAGUUCCAAAAUAUGUGCAGAUCUCACCAGAAAGAUAUUCACAUCUUCUUGAAUCAAUACAACAAAUCGAAAUACUGAAUGCGAAGAUAAAGGUCCUGAAUGAAAAAGUAUCUGCUGCACAAAGUGAGAUGAACACCAAAGAUGCCCUGGUAAAGCAGCAUGCUAAAGUGGCUGAAGAAGCUGUAUCAGGUUGGGAGCAAGCUGAAGCAGAGGCCUCGGCACUGAAACUUCAAUUGGAAACUGUAACUCUAUCCAAGCUAGCAGCUGAGGAACGAGCUGCCCAUCUGGAUGGUGCUCUAAAAGAAUGCAUGAAGCAAGUGCGGACUGUGAAGGAAGAAGGUCAGCAGAAGCUGCAUGAUGUAGUGUUUGCAAAGACCAAACACUGGGAGAACAUAAUUGCCGAACUAGAAGCAAAGUUAGUCGAUUAUGAACAGGAUCUGAUUAGAGCAGGUGCUGAGAAUGAUGCACUAUCAAGAUCUCUUGAAGAACGGGCAAACUUGCUUUUGAAAGUUAACGAGGAGAAGGCUCAAGCAGAAGCCCAGAUCGAAGUAUUGAAGAGCACUAUCCAGUCAGGUGAAAAGGAGAUAAAUUCAUUAAAGUAUGAACUACAUGUUGUCUCUAAAGAGCUUGACAUUCGCAAUGAAGAGAAGAACAUGAGUGUGCGUUCAGCUGAUGUUGCAACUAAACAACAUAUGGAGGACGUCAAGAAAAUAUCAAAACUAGAAGCAGAAUGCCAAAGAUUACGUGGCCUUGUCCGCAAAAAGUUGCCUGGGCCUGCUGCAUUAGCUCAAAUGAAGAUGGAAGUUGAUAGCUGGGGUAGAGAUACAGGAGACAACAGAUUGCGGCGUUCGCCUUCAAGGAGUUCUACACUCCAGUAUCCUAUGUCUCCAUCUCCUGAUUAUGCUCGUGAAAACUUGGAAAACAUGCAGAAAGAGAAUGAACUUUUGAUGGCACGUUUGUUGUCAAUGGAUGAAGAAACCAAGAUGUUAAAAGAGGCAUUGUCAAAAUGCAACCACGAGCUACAGGCAUCAAAAAACAUAUGUGCUAAGACUUCAGGUAAGCUCCGUAGCUUGGAACUGCACAUGUCUAGUGCUAACCUAUAUAAGAGCCCAACAAAUUCAUACAUUGAUACCUCUGCAUCAAGUCAGAAAGGAAGCAACCCACCGAGCUUGACUUCCAUGUCUGAAGAUGGUGUUGAUGAUACAAGAAGUUGUGAGGAAUCUUGGGCCAAUACUUUGGUGUCUGAGCUCUUACACAUCAAGAAAGAUAAAGGAAACAAGCACAAUUUGACUGAAAACUCCAAUCAGAUGGGCCUCAUGGAUGACUUCCUGGAGAUGGAGAGAUUGGCAUGUCUGUCUUCUGAAGCUCAGGAAUGUGAGGGCAUUGUCAAAGAAAAGGUUGGUAAAAUUGGGGCGACUCUCUCCCCUGUCACUGAAAAAGAGAGUGAAAAAAAUUCAUCGCCAGCUUUGCAGUUACCAGGUUCUCCGUUUAGUAGUGAUCAUCUGAUCGCCAGCCCUUCACUUUCCAAACUGCAAUUGAGAAUUUCCGCUUUGUUGAGCUCUCAAUCACCACAGAAUAAUGUUGUGAAGGUGCUGGAUGGUAUCAGGAACAUCCUACGUGAUAUUGAACACGAGGUAGAAUCUGUGAACGUAACCAAACUUCAGCAGGAAGACACGUUUGAAGUUACUGGUAAUGGAUCUUCAACAAAGGAAGCCAAACCCUUGGGCCUUAUGGAUCAUAGGCUGACAAAUGCCAUUUUGAAUAUUCAUGAGUUUGUCAAGUUAUUCAUAAGACAAACAUCUGAGUUACAAGGAAGUUCUUACUAUAAUGUUGUAUCUCAGAAAAUAGAACAGUUCUCCAGAUUAGUUGAUGAAGUUCUGUCUGAUGGCAAUGGCUUAAAUGAGAUUGUGAUUGCAUUAUCUGAAAUAUUGCUAGAAAGUGGGGAGUUUAAACUCACAUUGUUGAGGGAGAGUGCUAAUGAGGCAGAAACUAAUAAUCUAGAUUGUGUUGAUAAAUCGACACUAUUGGAAAACAAAGCUCAUCAUGAACCAUCGCAAGAUAGCAUGUCUGGUGCUUCUUCCCUUAUCCCACAUUCAUCUUCUGACCCUGAUUUUGGGGGUCCCAGCUCUGGGGGUGCAUUUGAUGUUAAAACUACAGUGCGGAUAUGCACACCAGAGGAAUGUGAAAAACUGAAAUUGCAAAAGAGAAAUUUAGAUAUUGAAUUAAUGAAGUGCAAUGAAAUGAUCGAAACUACAAAUCUCAAGUUUAGUGUGAUGGAGAAAAACCUUGAAGACCUUACAUUGAAGUUGGCAGCGUGUGAGAAUUCAAAUAGCUUGGCUGAAACACAGUUAAAGUGUAUGGCUGAAUCAUACAAAACACUCGAAACCCAGAAGGUGAAACUAGAAGAAGAAAUAAGAGUUUUACAGACAAAGAUAGAUACUUUAUCAGCUGACCUUGCUGAAGAAAGACGAAGCCAUCAGGAGGACAUAGCCAAGUAUAGAGACCUCAAGGAGAAGAUGGAAAGGUAUGAGAAGAGUUCCUUAUUUGUAGCAGAGAAUUCAGAUAUUGAACUGAAGAAGGAGAAAGAAAUAGCUGCUGCAGCAGAGAAACUUGCAGAGUGCCAGGAGACAAUAUUGCUCCUUGGUCGGCAGCUGCAAACUCUGCGCCCUCCUCCAUUGGAAUCAUUGAGUUCUGCACUGAACACACAACCGGUGGGGCAAUUUCCAGAAGAUGCAGGACCAGCUCGAAGUGUACAUUCUAAGAAGCCUUCAGGUCAAUUUGAUGCAGAUUAUACAUUCUCAAGUGCUCCAGGAACAGGAAACGUGUCCCCCCUGAGUGGAUAUAAUCGACACAAAAGCCCCUCUAAUGCUGCUGGCAGCCCUUAUCUUACCUCGCCAGGCAGUUCUAAGCGUCCCAAGCACAGAUCUAGAUCGUCAUCUUCCUCAUUUUCUAACCAGUUACCAGAGAAACAUGGUCGAGUAUUCAGUCGGUUAUUCUCAAAAGGCAAGAGUGACCGCUAGCUUCCACAACCUACACAGAUUUUUUGGUUUAUUUUCCUGUCAGGUGAGUGCUGCAAGUCUAGUUUUUGGCAACAACAGCUGUAUACCCGUUUUUGUACCAUGCAAAUGGUGCCUUGACCUACGGAUUAGUAUUUGCUUGAGGUUGACUUAUAUCCAGAUUUCAGUGUGCCAUAGUUUUAGCCGGUAGCUUUGCCUAUAGCUUUUGGGGUUGGAUUUACAUAUACCUCAGUAGAACCUCACUGUAAAUUUGCUUACAUUUGUGAAGAUUGAAGAUGUCGCAUCUUGUGAGUUAGAUAUCCCUACUUGAGGAUGAAUUAAGCUUUGUGUUGUGCCAUACAUGUGUUAGAUCAUUGAUGUACAGUUAACCUACAUAUGUAAGCUGCUUGAACAGUUGUUAUCCAGCCUUUUGGCUUAAAGACCCUGUGUGCUAAUUGCUAAGUUUUUGAAGUAUA